AUGGACUCACGCCUUUCGGAGUCAGAUGACUCGCCCGCCCCUGCUGCGAGUGACGCUGCCAAUGGCAUAUACACGAGCGAGCAAGCGCCUCUUCUUCACGUCACGGAUCCGGGGACCGCCGCCGACAGGUCGUUGCGGCGCAGGGUCAUCGGCAUGUGCGCUGUUUUCCUGUUCGUCAUCGAGGCGAGCCAAGUCAUGAUGGAGCCGCCGACGCAAGAGAUUAUGGAAAGCAUCAUAUGCCGUAACCACUAUCCAGACCACCGGGUGCGCAACGACGAGCGCUGCAAGAAUACGGAUGUUCAGAAAACGCUUGCCAUGGUCCGCUCUUGGUGCAUGUCAGCCGAGAUGAUUAUCCCGCUCGUCGUCCAAGUUCCCUACGGCAUCAUUGCCGACAAGUUUGGCCGUCGGACUGUCCUGUUUCUGUCUCUGGUCGGCUGUGUCCUCCAGACAGCUUGGACUAUGGUUGUGUUGUUUCUACCCAACUUCUUCUCCAUCUGGGCCUUGCUAUACGGCAACAUGGCCUACGCUAUCGGCGGAGGAGGCCAGAUGGCCAGCGCCAUGAUUUGGACCAUUCUUAGCGACAUUACUCCAGUCGCCGAGCGCACGGCGGUUUUCUACCGCAUCUAUGCAUUGUUUCUCCUCCUGGGCGUCAUCGCCAAUCCCAUGGCUGCGCUGGUCCUCGCCAUCGAUCCCUGGUUCGCCAUGUGGCUAGGCUUCGGCAUCCUCAUCAUCGGCGCUUUAACGGCUCUCCUAAUCCCAGAAACCCUGAGACUGCGCCAAAGGGUCGACAGUGAGCGGCAAGAACAGGACAGCCUGAGCCAAGAUACUGAUUGUCUAGCUCCUGUAAAGGCCGGCCGAGCCAGACAGGCUUGGUCUGCGCUUCGAAGCAACGCAGGCCAUAUCUGGCGCUUCGUCUGCGGCUCCAGGAGAGUAACGAUUCUCAUAUGCGCGUACGGCUUACACUUUGCGGGAAGAAUCAACGUCUACCUGAAUCUCCUGCAAUAUAUGACGAGACGGUUUAGCUGGGAAUGGUCUACGGCAGCCUAUGUCUCCACCGUCAACAACGUCACCUCUGUUGUUGUACUCCUGGUGGUGAUACCUGCGGCGUCCAGCAUCCUGGUUAAGCAUUGCGGCUACGAUGCCCAACUACGGGACCUCGUGCUGAGUCGCGCGUCGAUUAUACUGGUCGUCGUCGGCGGUUACAUGCAGGCGCUUGCCGCCGUGCCGUGGCUGUUCGUCUUAUCACUCAUCAUUACCAGUCUCGGCGGGGGCUUCACGCCGCUAUGUCGCGCCUUGCUCAGCGCCAUUGUCGAGCCGCACAUGGUUGCCACGCUCAACACCACCCUCUCGACUAUGGAGACGCUUGUGAGCCUGGUUGGCGCCCCUGCUCUGGGCUGGCUACUGAGUCAUGGUUUUGAGCUCGGUGGCCCUUGGCUUGGACUGCCAUACUUGGUUACUGCCGGUUGUUCCACCUUGGUUCUAGCGACAGUCUUUGCAUUUGGAAACCCCGACGAGUCUGCGAAGGUCCCAGAAGAACGGAAUAGUCCUUGA